AUUGGUAAGCCCCUCCUCUUCCUAUCUCACAAUGCUAAUGGCACCAUUCGUCCCUCCAACUUUCGCCGCCACUGGUCAUAAUGUCUGAAUAAUAUGAAAAUUACCAAAUGACAAAUGACGCGAAUGUUACAACCUAUAAAGAGUCUUUAUUAAAGACAUGUGUACUUAUAUAUGUUUCAUACAUAAUGUAUGGUGUAUUUAUGUUUGUGUGAAGUGUAUAAUAAAUAAAUUAUAGCAUUGUAUAAGCUCACCUCCUUCGUGAUCACCUAUCCCCCAGAUGGACAUUUAAAAUCAUUAUUUCUACCAUUAUGAUAAAAGUUUGGCAUUGUAAACCUUGAACUGGUAUAUGCAUGAUGACGACGGACAGUAAUUAGCCGAUCACUAUUACCUGAUUGAGUCAGACUCGACUCGAAUAAUCUCACUCCAAGUUUAAGAAAUGACCAACCCCUCAGAAGUGCAUAAUACACUUUGCGUGCCCGUGGAAAAGAUCAUUACUAUCCAACGUUUCAAGUAGUACGGCAGUAGCAGAUGAUGUCCAACUGCGAAUUUCUGGAAAGAACUGCACAAUGACAAAGUCUAAAAGUUUUAAUGUUCAACAACAGAAUGACCAAAACAACGCUAACGGCAGGAAUGGAUUUGAUAACCCAACUUUUAGGAACGAUUUAGAGUUACAAGAAGUCCAUCAUAAGAAAAAUGGAAUUGAGGAAAAUGAUCCCACAAAACCUAGUAAUGAUCCAUCACAAGGAUAUGACACUGAUGAUCAUAAAGUUCCACUUGACAUUCUCCUUAAACGUUAUGGAACAAAUGUUACCAGAGGGUUAAGUGACAGCCAAGUUGUAGCAAAUCGAGAGACGCAUGGAAGAAAUGAGUUGACCCCACCACCAAAACCAUCCCAGGUUUGGAAAUUCAUUAAAGCUGUGUGGGGUGGUCUGAAUUUUCUUCUCUGGUGUUGCUGCUUUCUUUCCUUCCUCUCUUUUGGGGCUCAAUAUCUCCUUCCUGGGGAUGUGGUUUGGGACAAUUUUUUUUUGGGUUGCUCAUUGAUAGUUGUGGUUCACGUCUCUGGGUCCUUCUCUUUUUACCAAGAGUUUAAAUCAGAUCGGAUAAUGGAAUCCUUUAAGAACAUGGUUCCACGUGCUGCUUAUGUACAUAGAAAUGGGAGACGAAUAGAAAUAGCAGUGAGCCAGCUAGUUGUGGGUGAUAUUGUUGAGGUGAAGUUUGGAGACUUGAUCCCAGCAGACAUAAGAAUUCUAGAGUGUCAGGAUUUUAAAGUUGAUAACUCUAGCUUAACCGGUGAAUCGGAACCGUGUAAAAGAUCCCCAGAAUGUACAAGCGAAAACGUGAUGGAGACAAAGAACAUGGCUUUCUUCUCAACAAAUGCAUUGGAGGGGGUGGCUAAGGCAGUAGUGGUUAGGGUCGGAGUGAACACCCUGAUGGGAAGACUAGCGUCCCUGGCCUCCACAGUUGACCAUGGCCUUAGUCCUAUUGGGAUUGAGAUGGAUAGAUUCAUUAUGAUUAUGACAAUUCGAUCGUUAGUUUUUGGAGGAUUCUUUUUUGUCCUUGGUCUCGUCAUGCAUUACAAUUGGACAGACGCAGUCUUUUUUGUGAUCGGAAUCGUUGUAGCCAAUGUUCCUGAAGGAUUGGCGGUCACUUUCACCAUGGUCUUGUCUGUAACGGCGAAAAGGAUGGCAAAGAAAAAUUGUCUAGUAAAGCAUUUGCAUGCUGUUGAGGGGUUGGGCUCCACAUCUGUGAUAUGUUCUGAUAAGACAGGGACUUUAACGCAAAACAAAAUGUCAGUGGCCCACAUGUGGUUCAAUAAUGAAAUAGCUGAAGCCGACACUUCAGAAUUUUAUUCUGGACAAAGCUUUGAUAAUGAUGACCCCGGAUUCAAGGCUUUAUCAACUGUAGCAUGUCUUUGUUCACGAGCAAAUUUUAAACCAGGACAAGAAAAUAUUCCAAUAAUUAAACGAAUUGUUGAAGGAGAUGCUUCAGAAACUGCCAUUCUAAAGUGCAUGGAAAACCAAAUUGGAAAUGUUGUUAAAUAUCGUGAAAAGCAUCCAAAACUUUGCGAAAUUCCAUUCAAUUCUUCCAAUAAGUUUCAAGUAUCUAUUCAUGACAUGAGAGACCCCAACGAUCCUCGCCAGCUUCUCGUUAUGAAGGGAGCUCCUGAACGGAUCAUUAGUCUCUGCACUAAAAUUUUAGUACAAGAUCGUGAAUAUGAUAUAGAUGAUGAAUGGCGAGAAGCGUUUAACCUAGUGUAUCAUACGCUUGGAUCAUAUGGCGAAAGAGUUUUAGGGUUUUGUGACUGUCGGCUUCCACUUGAUCGUUUUCCAAUUGGUUAUGAAUUUGAUCCAGACAACAUGGAGUUUUUGGAUGUCGGGUUUCGUUUCGUUGGUCUCAUCUCAUUGAUUGAUCCUCCAAAAGCUGCUGUUCCGGAUGCUGUGGCAAGGUGCCGUUCUGCUGGAAUAAAAGUCGUUAUGGUGACUGGAGAUCAUCCUGUCACUGCUACUGCAAUUGCAAGAUCAGUUGGAAUUAUUUCGGACGGAAACGAGACCAUUGAAGAGAUGGCACUUCGUCGGGGAUGCAGUGUUGAAGAUAUUGACCCAAGACAAGUGAACGCGGCUGUUAUUUCUGGAGCAGAACUCAAACUCCUCACCCCAGACCAAUUACGCAAUGUUCUUACAAAUCAUGAGGAAAUUGUUUUUGCGAGAACGUCGCCAGAACAGAAAUACACCAUUGUGGAGGCUUUUCAAGACUUGGGUUGUGUCGUUGCAGCAACAGGGGAUGGUGUUAACGAUUCCCCUGCUUUAAAGAAAGCAGAUAUUGGCGUAGCGAUGGGAAUCAGUGGUUCAGAAGUUAGCAAGGAGACGGCAGAUAUGAUCUUGAUGGACGACAAUUUUGCAACCAUUGCUACUGGGGUUGAAGAGGGACGAUUGAUUUUUGAUAAUUUAAAAAAAUUAAUGCAAUAUAACUUGGCGGAUAACAUUGCUGAAAUGUAUUCGGUUAUGACGUUCAUGUGUCUAGGGACCCCUCUUCCCAUGGGGACAAUUGCCAUGUUGCUUAGUGUCUGUGUAACUGAUUGUCUUCCGGCUAUUAGUCUUGCUCAAGAGACCGCUGAAGCUGACAUUAUGAAAUUGAAACCAAGAAACCCACAAACUGAAAAAUUAGUAACUCCACAACUGCUCAGGUACACAUAUUUGCAGACGUCAGUUAUCGAAUUGGCUUCGGGAUGGUUUUCCUGGAUAGUAAUGUACUGGGCUCACGGAUGGGGCCCGCUGCGAAUGUGGUGGAUCAAUAGAAAGUGGGAUAGCAAAUCAAUCAACGACUUGGAGGACUCCUACGGUCAAGAAUGGUCAUGGGACGCUCGACAAGAUUUAGAGCUUGCAGGACAAACUGCAUUUUUUAUUAGCAUUGUCAUUACCCAAGUUGGCAAUGUCAUUAUUUGCAAAACGAGAAGAAUGAGUUUUUUCCAAAAAGGAAUGAAAAACUGGCGUAUGAAUUUUGGAAUAUUGGUUGAGCUCAGUCUCGCUAUAUUUUUAACAAGCACACCAUAUCUAAACAAUGCCUUAAAGUUUUAUGGAAUCCGACCGGAAUUUUGGGCACCACCAAUCCCUUUUGCAAUCUAUCUAAUAUUUUACGACGAAAUAAGAAAAUUAAUCAUCCGUUGUUCAGCCGGAGGGUUUUACGCUAAGGAACUUACAACCUAAGGAAAUAUACUUGUUUAGAGAUAAUAUGUGUGCAUUGUCUUCUGUUGAUAUUUCAGUAGUACUACAUAUAUUUAUUAAAUUUGUAAUUUUAACUUUCUGUGACUUGGGGGAAUCAUGAACUUGUACGCAUACAUACAUACUCAAUCAACUGUCGAAUUUGAUCAAACGAUUAAAAUUUUUAAUAUUACACUAAGGCUAUCAACAAAAUAUAAUUGACAAGUGAACGUUCAUGAAAUACGCAAAUUGGCGAUUUUUUACGUGGGUCACCCGUUCACCGGUAACACAACAACCAUCCCUCCCUCUCCCCUGCGUAUAUUUUAUGAAUGUUCCCCAAGGAUCGUACCAAAAGGUAACAUUGAGGUUCUCAAGCAGAGCUCGGCGUCCCGGGUGGAAAUAGUAUGUAAUAAAUUAAUGUCGUGGUUUUUUCUCGCCUUCCGCCAGAAUCUGUCUUAAAUACUUACGAGGGUGCUUUUGGUUUGACAGUGAGUGAUUUUGAUCACAUUCUGAUAUCCUGUAUCAUAUGCGAGUGCAAAUAAACUCCGAAUUUUAAACAUUCC